AUGUCAAAAGUCGUGCGAAGCGUGAAGAACGUCACAAAGGGAUAUUCCUCGGUGCAAGUUAAAGUCCGAAAUGCCACAAGCAACGAUCCCUGGGGCCCUACGGGUACCGACAUGUCCGAAAUUGCCGCCAUGACUUUCGGGAGCCCGAACGAGUUCUACGAGAUCAUGGACAUGCUUGACAAGCGACUCAACGAUAAGGGCAAGAACUGGCGCCACGUCCUCAAGUCGCUGAAGGUCUUGGAUUACUGCCUUCACGAGGGCUCGGAAUUGGUGGUCACUUGGGCUCGCAAAAACGUUUAUAUUAUCAAGACUCUACGUGAGUUCACAUAUGUGGACGAGGAAGGAAGAGAUGUUGGACAAAACGUGCGUGUGGCAGCCAAAGAAUUGACUGCAUUGGUACUGGACGAGGACCGAUUGCGCAGUGAACGAUCCGAUCGCAAACUUUGGAAGACUCGUGUGAGCGGACUCGAUGAAGGCUACGGGAACUCUGGCGCCGAACCGCCCCGCCGAGAACGACGCCGACGCAACGGAGACGAUGACUCCGAUACCGAAUACCGCUUGGCCAUCGAGGCUAGCAAGGCUGAAGCCGAGGAUGAGCGCAAGCGACGCGCCAAGGAGACAAUGGGAGUCGAUAAUGACGAGGAUCUGGCCAAGGCGAUCAAGCUCAGCAGAGAGGAAGAGGAUCUGCGAAAGCGCGAAUUGGAAGAGAGCAAUGCGCAAUCUCUCUUUGACGACAGCACCCCGGCCCAAGUCCAGCCAACUGGUUACAACCAAGGCUACCAGCAGCAAGGUGCCGUGGACUGGUUCGGAAACCCGAUCAACGCACAGCAGCCCAUGACUACUGGGUUCCUGAAUAACCAGUACGCGCAGCCAACAGGAUUCCAGAACCAACCCACAGGCAUGAACAACCCAUAUGCUACUGGUUUCCAAAACCAGCCUACGGGCUUCGACCAGAACCCCUACGGUCAGCCCCAAAACAACUUCUUGCAACCCCAGGCGACCCUUCAGCCUCAGCACACCUCAUUCAACCCUAAUAACCCCUACGGAGGAGGUGAUGUCUUCUCGCAGCAACAGCAGCAGCAGCCACAGGAGAACUACCAGGCUGCAGGAAGCAACAACCCGUGGUCUGGGAACCAACCACAGCAACAGCAGGGAUUGCAGCCUGCCGAUGCCCUCAGGCCAAUGCCCACAGGAUCAAACAACCCCUUCGCCCAGCGCACUCAAUCGCAAUUCAACAGCCCUGCCCAGACCGGUCCACCUACUCUCAACUCCUUGGCGGAGGAUCGCACGACAAACCAAUUCAGCGCCAACCCAUACAGCCAGAACAAGCCCUUCAACCAGCCCGCUCAGCCCAACCCGAUUGCCAACUUCCAAGCCCCACAGCCACCAAAGAGCACUCCGCCCCAAUCCCAGGAUCCUCAUCACGCUCGUCUGAACGCCCUUCUCGGGUCAGGCGAGGGCCAAGACACAUUCGGCAACGUUGGAGAUCUCCGUAUCCCCGCGCAGCACACAGCACCAGGUACCUUUGUCAACUCUGCUGGUCAGGGUCUGGACCGUCUCCACGCCACUCCAACCGGCAACCCAUACAUGCAGCAGCAGUUCACUGGAAUGCCCCAGCAGACAGGUUAUAUGCAGCAACAGCCAGCGAACAACAACCCCUGGGGAGGCCAGCAGCAACAGCGGGGUGGAGGUAGCUUGAUCGACUUGUAA